UGCAGCUGAUGAAACGCGUAUCAAUUUAAAACCAUGCAUCACUAUUCUACAAGGAGUGUAAAUAAGAAGAAAGAAAAUGGAACUAAUGCUACAUUCCAACAGCCCACUGUGCGAAUCACACGAACACAUGCCAAAGCCCUAGGCUCAUCAGGAGGGUUACCCCCACUAAUCCCUUCUGCAAAGCAGGAUCAGAAGCGAGUCUUUCGACCAAAUUCCAAAAGAGCAGCAUUAGACGAGAACAAAGCUGCGGUCAAUGUCACAGCUGGUCUUCAGCAUAAGAAAAGGGCUGUUCUUAAGGAUGUCACUAAUGUCUUCUGUGAGAAUUCCUACGUAAACUUCAGUAAUGCAACCAAAAUUCAGCCUAGCAAGCAGUCUAAGAAAAGUACUGCGAAGAAUAAAGCAAAGGUGGUGCCAGUUGUUUCUUUGGUAAAUACUCAGAACGCAAAAACAACUGGAGAAAUAACCAAACCAAAGGUGGAGGAUUUGCUAGGAAUUAGUCCACCUGAAAACUUGAAUGAAGAUUUGAUGAUUCAACAUGGUAAAUGCAUGAGCAUACGUGCAGGUGGUGCAGCAGAUCUGAUGCAUGUAAAGCAAACUUCCAGUAGACAUGUUCUACUCCAAAGCCCAUCACAGAAAGAAGGCGGCAAGAGUUGCAAGAAAUUGGAAGCUUUGCAUGGUCUAGGUAUUGCAGAUAUAGAUUUGAACCUCAAGGAUCCACUAAUGUGCAGCCUGUAUGCCCCUGAUAUAUACACUAAUUUACGUGUUACGGAGCUUGGCCGAAGGCCCUCGGCUAAUUACAUGGAAAUGUUGCAGCGGGAUAUCAGCCAGAGCAUGCGUGGUAUUCUGAUCGAUUGGCUUGUGGAGGUUUCUGAAGAGUAUAAGCUGGUUCCGGACACUCUUUACCUGGCAGUAAAUCUCAUUGAUCGAUUCCUCUCUGAAAAUUAUAUUGAAAAACAAAAACUGCAGCUGCUUGGUGUGACAUGCAUGCUAAUUUCCUCGAAGUAUGAAGAAAUUUGUGCACCCGGUGUGGAGGAGUUUUGCUUCAUAACGGACAACACCUACACAAAGGAAGAGGUUUUGAAAAUGGAAAGUCGGGUUUUGAAUUUGUUGGGAUUUCAAUUGUCUGUUCCGACCACAAAGAAAUUUCUUAGGAGAUUCAUUCAUGCAGCACAAGUUUCUUCCAAGGUUCCUUGUGUUGAACUGGAAUUCUUGGCAAACUAUUUAGCAGAAUUAGCUCUUAUGGAGUACAGUUUUUUGAAGUUUCUUCCAUCCCUCAUUGCUGCAUCUGCUGUAUUCUUAGCAAGAUGGACACUUGAUCAGUCAGAAUACCCAUGGAAUCCAACUCUACAAUAUUAUACUAGUCACGAGGCGUCAGAGCUAAAAGUGACGGUUCUUGCAUUGCAAGGUCUGCAACUGAACAUUAAUGGAUGCUCCCUUAACGCUAUAAGAGAGAAGUAUAAGCAACAAAAGUUCAAGUGUGUGACAACUUUAUCUUCACCAAAACCUGUUCAGUCACUGUUCUGAAGAUUUAUGAGUAGUCGAUUCCUCCUGGCAUGAGAUGAAAUAUUUAUCAACAGUUGGAACUCCUCUUCAUGUGAUGUGACUUCUGAGGAUGCAGUGCGCUGUUCUCAACCCCAAAAACCUGCCAAUUUCCAAUUUAUAAUUAUUCUUCUCACUUUUUCUUUUCUUUGCAACCCUAUCGUUGUUGUAUCGUUGUAUCUGAUUCUAAUGCUACCUGACCUGUUUUUUGUAGCAUGAAAAUGUGAAAGCAAGGAUGAUUUGAAGCAGAAAGUUACUAACAUUAAAACACCUUUUGGCAUAGUUUGUAAAACUUCCUAGCUCUGGAAAUUAACUUAACAAAACUCAAGAAAUUCUUGCAGUGAGGCUGCUGUAGCUGUUUGAUUAUAUGCCAUUCUAUUUUGUCG